AUGCAGAUCGCAAAGGGUGUCGAGGCACCCGUUGCCACCAACGGGGUCGGCACAGCCAACACCAAACCACAAGAACAACCUCUACCUUCCGAACCUGGCGGCUCUCUGAGUCUGAGUUCCACUCACAAUCGUCCUUCCAAUGGCAGCGCCGCCCUGAAUCUGAGUGCCCACAACGCGCUCAAACGCCACACUCGCCCUCGUCGUUCGCAAUCGCGAGACGGUGGAAUUGUUCCAGUAGCAACACCACGUCGUGUCAAGAGUUCCGAUGGAACGCAACGUCGCAUGUUUUCCGGAUUGCGAGGAGGACGCAAACCUCAGCCAGCAGCAGCAGCUCCACAACCCGUCUUUGGCGUCGCUCCACUCGAUGCCAUGGUCGAACCAGCAGUACAAAGCCGCAGUUGCCCCAAUACACCGCAACACUCCUUCCACAAACCUCGAUCAUCUCCUACUUCCGAAGGAGAAAAUGCCAAGAAUUUCGGACGCGCCCGAGCUACUGUCCCAGGUGCCGUCGCCUCGGCUACAGAGCCAACUCAGACGACACCCCAGCGGCACUUGUCGGGAGAUUCUACACAGUCGGCCGCUAAAAUGAGAUCUCGUACAAGAGCCACUGCCCCGGGAGCGGUACGAGAGUCCUUGAUGAAGGAACCCUCGACGCUCAAUCAGUCGCUUCAUGGAUCGACUCUGAUGAACACCCACCAAAACAAUUCUACAACAAAUAAUGGCACUCCCGGUGCCGUGGCGGAAUCGUCUCCACCCAGCGACGGAAAAAUGCGAGGCCGCGCUCGAGCGACCGCUCCAGGAGCCGUCAGUUCCACCGCCGCGGCGGAACCCUCUCUGGGAGCGUCCGUGCACGGAACGGCACCGUCACUAGGAGUUUCGGUGCAUGCGCCGCCACCGACAUUGUCGGCGAGCAUGUCGUUGGGAAAUAAUAAUAAUGACGGAAAAAUGAGAGGUCGUGCCCGUGCCACUGCACCGGGAGCUGUCAGCAGUUCCAACACGACAGAGCCAUCGUUGGGGGCUUCGGUUCAUGGCGGCAUGGCACCACCGGCAUUGACACCCGGAUAUUCGUUGGGAGACGAUCGGCGCAUGAAAUCCAAAUCGCCCGUGCCGCAUAGGUCUUCUGCAUCCAAGUCGCCGGUUCGUCGUACUACAGGAGGAGGAGGAGUUCGCAGAGCCAAGUCGACCGAUGGAACGGAACCCAUUCGAAGAGCCACUGGGACAGGACCCCGUCGAACCGUGUCCAACGAUGGGGCUGUGGAACCCAUUCGAAGACCUACAGGACUUCGUCGCGCGACGUCCAACGAUGGAACCACCGACCCGAUUCGAAGACCCACAUCGGCAGGACUCCGUCGUACCAAAUCGAACGAUGGAACUGCGGAACCGAUUCCAAGACCCGCCGCGGUACGACGAUCCAUGUCCAACGAUGGAUCUACUACUGCGACGGAAGGAGAUGGCAAAAUUCGACGUGCGCGAGCAUCGCAGCCAGGAGCUGUCAGUAGUGAAGGAGCGUCGGCGGCGGCAGAACCUGCCUUGGGGGCAUCCAUGCACGGCAAUGGUAUUUCACUCCAGAAAACGAGACGUUCCGUGUCACCUCCGCCGAAUGGCAUGGACCCACAGACGAUUCGAAUGCAAGAAAUCAUGCUGGACUCGUCACUAUCACAGCCGGAAAAACAGGCCAAGAUUCAGCAAUUAAUGGCGCAAAAGGAGGCUCCUGCACCCCAAGACCCACAAGCCAUUCGGAAAAAACAGAUUCAAGAUAUCAUGAAGGACUCGACUCUAUUCCAAACCGAAAAGCACGCCAAGAUCCAACAGUUGAUGGCCGGUGGCAUGCCUCAAGAAGUCCCUCCACAAGAAGCAGCUGCUCCAGCGCAGCAUGCAGCUCCGCGUCCCGUGGCACCGGCUCCUCCUGUCGUACUGGAAGAUCCGCAGGCGAUUCGUCGCAAGCAAAUUCUAGAAAUCCAACGAGAUCCUUCGUUGACACCAAAAGAAAAGCAAUUCAAGAUGCAACAACUCAUGGCUGGCGGAAUGCCCAAGGCCGCCCCAGUAGUUGCAGCUCCUCCACCCCAACAAGAAUCGGCUCCACCGGCGGAACAAGCUCCAAUGGAUCCUCAGGCGAUUCGUCGCAAGCAAAUUUUAGAAAUCCGACGAGAUCCUUCGUUGACGCCCAAAGAGAAGCAAUUCAAGAUGCAACAACUCAUGGCGAGUGGAAUGCCAAAGGAAGCACCCCGAACGGAAUAUGUGGAAGAAACAGUCGAGCCUCAAGUUCCACCGGCGGAAGUGCAACCGACACUGCAGGAAGUCACUCCAGAACCGUCCGAUGAUUCGGCCACGGGGUCGGAUCUGGAAGAAGAGGAUCCGGAUGUCCUCCGAACCAGGGAGAUUCAAGAAAUUAUGAAUGAUCCGGAUCUGACUCCACGCGAGAAGCUCUUGAAAACGCAAGAAGUAAUGGCAAAUUCUCUGCUACCGCCUGUUGAGGCGCCGCGUCGACAGCCGGCUGCUCAGGAAAAGGUGGAGCGGACGAGCCGACGAGCGAGAAGCCGUGCCAAUUCUCCUACGAACGAACAACGAGGUCUGCGCAGGACCAACACAAACGAGUCCGCACCGAAACCUACUGGACUCAGAAUUCGUCGUACGCUCAGUAAUGACGGAACUGCUCCACGCAGCCCUCGUCGAACGAUGAGCUCUGACGGGAGCACCAACUCCCCUCGUCGCUCGCCGAGAAGAUCCAGGUCGAGAGGCGGACCGACUAGCCCUGCUUCGCCACCAAACGUGCCCCUGCCUGGUUCGGAUCUAGGUGAAGACUUGGAGGAUUCGUUCUCGCGUCCGCUAGCGCCCGUGCAAACUAUCGAUGUUGCCAAUACCGCCACGGUACACAGCACGCUCGAUGCAAGCAUGGGUAGCUUUCAUGAAGAAGCAAACGAUAGCUUCCAUGAAGAUUUUGCCAACAGCAAAUCCUCGGCCAUGGAUGCAUCAAUGAAUGCCAGCGCUCAAAAUAUGAAUGGAAGUGCACGAAGCAUAGGCAGCUCUCAGCGCAUCAGCCGUCGGCAGCGUAUUGCUCUUAUGAAUCCAUCGACCCAGGACGAAGCCCCGCAGAGUUCUUCGCGUGCGGUGGCAAAGCCUGGGGCUGUUAGUGUUGUUGAGCAGUCCACCCCAGGGGCUGCCGCAGGAUUCGGAGGUGCACCACAGGGCAAGAUGCGACGUGUGACUAGUCGCGGCGACAGCAGGCCCGGAGCUGUUAGCAUUGUGGAGCCUUCUUCCUCUCAUACCAGUUCCUCUACUGGUGUGGGUGGAGCUCCGCAAGGAAAGUUUCGAAGGGCAGCUACAAGCCCUGCUACUCGACCUGGUGCUGUCAGUGUCGUUGAACCGUCAGCUGCUUCUAGCAGGCAAGCUGAACCAGGUGCUUCUGCUGGAUUCGGUGGGGCCCCAGAAGGCAAGAUGCGAAGAACCACAACAACCCCUGCUACGCGACCUGGUGCUGUAGGUGUUGUCGAGCCUUCUUCCUCUCAUACCAGGUCCUCUACUGGAUUUGGUGGGGCUCCAGAAGGCAAGAUGCGAAGAACCACAACAACCCCUGCUACUCAACCUGGAGCUGUCAGUGUAGUUGAACCGACAGCUGCUUCUGGCAGACAAGCAGAACCAGGUGCUUCUGCUGGAUUUGGCGGGGCCCCUGAAGGCAAAUUCCGAAGGACUGCUACGACCCCUGCAUCCCGACCCGGUGCUGUCAGUAUGGUUGAACCAGCAGCUGCCUCAGCAAGUCAAGAGCCUGGUGCAUCUGCCGGAUUCGGCGGGGCACCCCAAGGCAAGAUGCGAAGGACCACUACGACACCUGCCUCCCGUCCUGGUGCUGUCAGUGUUGUUGAACCAGCUGCUGCCAGCAAUCAUGGAGAGCCCGAAGCAUCUUCUGGAUUUGGAGGGGCACCACAAGGAAAGGCUCGCAGGACCACAAGUCCUGUUUCAAGACCAGGUGCUGUCAGUGUUGUUGAGCCAUCAGCCCCAAACUCCUCCACCGGAUUUGGUGGGGCCCCAGAUGGCAAGAUGCGAAGAACCACAACAACCCCUGCUACACGGCCUGGUGCUGUCAGUGUAUCGGAACCGUCAGCUGCUGCCAAUCAGGGAGAACCUGCAGCCUCAACUGGAUUUGGUGGGGCUCCACAAGGAAAGGUCCGAAGGACAACAGCACCAACUGCCGUUUUCAAGCCUGGUGCUGUAAGUGUAGUGGAUUCCACAGCACCAGAGCCUGGUGCUUCAACUGGAAUUGGUGGUGCUCCCCAAGGAAAAUUUCGAAGAGCCGCAACUACACCAGUGACAAGGCCUGGUGCUGUGAGUGUUGCUGAGUCCAUUGCACCAGAACCUGGCGCCUCAACCGGGAUUGGUGGGGCUCCACAAGGAAAAGUUAGAAGAACCACAAUUGGUACCAAUGCACCGGUUAUGCCUGGUGCUCAGAGUGUUACAGGGUCUCAGAGCAAUAGUUUGCCAUCAGAAUCUCUAGGCGUUGGAGGUGCACCACAGGGCAAGAUGCGACGGUCUACCGCGCAAGCCAACACUCCUGGAGCAGUCAGCGUCCAGGAGCCAGCACCAUCAGAAUCCGUCGGUGUUGGUGGUGCUCCACAAGGCAAAUUUCGCAGGUCUGCCAACAGUCAGGCUACAAGACCUGGUGCAGUUGGUGUGGUGGAGCCAUCGUUGGAGUCGUCACACUCUGGGGCGUCUUCUAGCGUUGGGGGUGCACCACAAGGCAAAUUUCGCCGGUCUACCAACAGUCAGGCUACAAGGCCUGGUGCUGUUGGUGUCGUGGAGCCAUCAUUGGAGUCAUCACAGUCUGGAGCGUCUUCCAGCGUUGGCGGUGCACCGCAAGGCAAGUUUCGUAGAACAACCGCCCCCGCAGUCCCGGGUGCUGUGGCAGCCACUGACGAUCCUAUGGACAAAGGCUCUCAGCGUAGUAGUGUGAUGAGAGCUGGUCCUGGAAUGCCUAGGCAAGUUGUUGGAAUGUUCAACGAACCGCGAACUCUGGUCCCUGCGGUCUCGGUGAGGUCGAUGCAGGCGAGCGAGCAUGAUAGCGUCGUAUCGUCCACGACUGGUGCGUCAUCCAUGUUGCCUCCGCUGAAGGGCUUCGGGGAUUCGGAAGAAGAUCACGAUGCUGUUAUCGCGUCAAUUGAACAGGAUAUGGCGGCCAAGAACAGGGCACGGCGGACGUCGGCCGCUACUCCAGGAGCGCAGUCGGUGGCGUCGGACGGAGUUUCUGCUACCGACAAGGAAUCUAUUGCGCAGGCUCGGGCAGCAAAAACUGUCGAGCGAAUGAACGAUUCAUUCCGUUCUGACGGUAGCCAUGGCAGCCACAGCCAGAGAGGUCUUGCUGGGAAUAGGGCUCCUUCUAGCAGAUUUUCUCUCGACCGUUCCGACGGUAGUCAUGGCGGCCAGAGCCAGAGAGGUCUUGCUGGUAAUAGGGCUCCUUCUAGCAGAUUCCCCUACGCAGGUCCAUCAACAAGAGGCCUCGGCAAUAGAUCGUCUGUACGCAGCCUUGCGUCGGAGGUUUCUGAUAUUACCGAACCAAAUGCAAUUCGUCGGCACACGAACCGAUCGGCUCCUAAGGGAGGUUUGCUAAACAGUUCGCAAUCAUCGUUUGCUUCUAGUCAGAUGUUCGACGGUCCCGACCCAGCGGCUGAUUCCGAAGAUGAAGACGAUUACGACCAGGCUCUGGCGCUUGCAGAAGAAGACAUGCAACUCAAGCUCAAUAUGCGAAACCAAACUGAACGAGCACUCGUGCCAGGCGUGCAAGCUUACCGUGCAGAAGUGGUGACUGCCCAGCCACACCUCCAUCUUGAAGACAAAAACAUGCUGCUCCGAAAAGACCCUUACGAUUACGAAUCCAAGGCACUGGUUCCGGCUUACGACAACAACGUAGACCACUCCAUCCAGAAAGAAAACAUGAAGAUUGUCUCUGAAUCAGCGGCCCAACCCCCCUCCACGAUGCAGGAUAGGAUGGAACAGAAAAUCUUGCAAAUGGAACAAGAACAGCGAGCACGAGAUGUCAAGCUCGAGGAGUUGGAGGAUAUGAACCAUCGACGCAAUGGCCCGGAUAGGAGGAAGAUCUCACCAAAUGAUGGUUCAAGCCCUUUUGAUGGCGGCGACGAAGAAAGCGGGCCACUCGAGAACGGCUUUUUGAACCCUGACCCGGAGGAGAUUAGGCGAGCCGAAGAAGAUGGUUUGGCCAUUGCUAUUGCUGUCACAGACGACGACGAGCCAGAAGUUUAUGACGUUGAACUGACGAUGUAUGACCCGGGUGCCAAGCCUCCAGUCUACAAGAACCGAAGAUUCCAAUGCUACGCAUCGAUGAUCUUUCUGGUGACUCUUGUCAUUAUCAUUGCGGUUUCUGCGAUUGCGGCACAGAAAGGAGGUGAGAUCAUCCUGAUCACUCAAGCGCCCUCUUCCGCUCCUUCUUCAUCACCUACUACCACACGAGAAACAGCCGUGAGAGGAGAGCUGGCUCGAGUCAUUGGAGAAUUUGUGAAUGAGGACGAUUCACCCUACCAGAAGGCAAUGGAUUGGAUUUUAUACGAGGAUCCAAUGCUGCUGGACGAAUUCAGUGAGAACUUGAUCCAGCGAUACGUGUUGGCUCUGUUUUACUACCAAACUUCCCAGGAAGGGCCAUGGCUUUCCUGCAACCCUCCCCAGGAGGGCGAGAAUCACACUUGCCCAUUCUACGAGCACACAAGGCUUCAACCGAAUAAUGUUGUUGUCUGGGAGGAACGAAAUGAAACGGAAGUGCGUUGGUUGUCGGAGAGACACGAGUGUGAAUGGGCUGAAGUUUUGUGCCAUCCUGAGACUGAUGGAAAUGUGAUUGCGAUUGAUAUAUUGGGACAAAACUUGACAGGAACAAUGCCAGAAGAGUUGAGGCACCUGGAGCGGUUGAUGUGGUUGACACUUAGCUUCAAUCCAAUCACAGGCACCAUUCCGGAGGUCUAUGGUGAAUUUCCCUACCUCACCAUCUUUGAAGCCACACAGACCUUUAUCACCGGCCAAAUCCCUGGUGGCUUCUUUGAGCAGCAGAACUUGCUUCAGCUCAAUCUUCCUUACAACAUGAUUACGGGUACCCUCCCGCCCGAGAUUGGUGAUUUGACCACUCUCCACUCUUUCUUCUUUUUCAACACUCUCAUCUCUGGAACGCUGCCAACCGAAAUGGGAAUGCUUGAAGAUGUCCGCAACUUGUGGUUGUAUGACAACAACUUGCUUUCUGGCACCCUGCCUUCAGAGCUAGGUGAAUUGAGCUUGCUGGAUUCCCUGAUGCUUGGUGCCAAUAACCAUACUGGACCUCUGCCUUCCGAGCUUGGUAAUUUGGGAAACAUGCAUGAGUUCCUGUUCUCUGGUAAUGACAUGGGCGGCACUCCUCUUGCAGAAGAAUUGUACAACAUGUCCAGCCUGGUAUAUUUGGAUAUCACCGGGGCAAAUUUUGGUGGAACCCUCAGCACUAACAUUGAACGGAUGACUUCCCUUCAGGGCCUCAAAGCGGCUGGUAAUGACUUCUCUGGAAUAAUUCCCUCUGAGUUUGGACUGCUGUCCAACCUGCAGUUACUCUGGUUCCACAGAAAUGAAGAUCUUGCAGGAGACAUGCCAAUUGAGAUUUGCCAGCUCCGGGGUCCAGAAAGCUUGAUUUUCCUGAAUGCUGACUGUGGUGGAAUUGAACCUAGGAUCAGCUGUCCCAGAGGAUGCUGCACUGGUUGCUGUGAUGAGUUUGGCCAGUGUCAACAGGUGUAG